CGAAGUUCAUUUCGGGUCCCCUCAAAAGCGGCAACUUCUUCAUAUGGACACGGGGAGCAGCCUCACGUGGACUCAGUGCUUUCCUUGCUCCCACUGUUAUGAGCAGAAGAUCUAUCCUAAAUACCAGCCAGCAGCUUCAAUGACGUACCGCGAUGCGAUGUGUAGUGAAGAUCCCAAUCCAAAGUCAAAUCCGCAUCUCACAUUUGAUCCUUUGACGAGAAAAUGCACCUACCAACAACAUUAUCUAGACGAAAGCAACAUCAAAGGAACACUUGCGCAAGAAAUGAUUACAGUAGAUACCCUUGAUGGUGGGUUCAAAAGGGUGCACGGAGUGUUUUUUGGAUGCAACGAGUUUAGCGACGGUUCAGAUUUUACCGGAACGGGCAUAUUGGGCCUCGGGGUUGGAAAGUACUCCAUCAUAGGGGAGUUUGGCUCAACGUUCUCUUUUUGCCUUGGUCUGAUAAGCGAACCUAAAGCUUCUCACAACCUAAUCCUUGGCGAUGGUGCAAACAUACAAGGACAUCCCACGGUAAUAAACAUUACAGGAGGUCACACUAUGUUUUUAUUGAAAUCCAUCAUUGUUGGCGAGGAAAUAACCUUGGACGACCCAAUCCAAGUAUUUGUUGACACGGGCUCGUCGAUGUCUCACUUGUCCACAGAUUUGUACUACAAAUUUGUGGAUGAGUUCGACGAUCUGAUAGGCAGACCUCUUUCCUAUGAACCAAGGUUGUGCUACAAAGCGGAUGCCAUAGAAAGGCUAGAAGAUAUGGAUAUUGGCUUUGCAUUUGCGGGAGGAGCAGAGUUGAGCGUCAAUAUCCACAACAUAUUCCUACCGCAAGGUUCCUCUGGAAUUCGAUGUUUGGGGAUCUUGAACAACAAGGAAUCGUUUACACAUGUCAUCAUUGGGGUUAUAGCCAUGCAAGGAUACAACGUGGGCUACGACCUCAAAGCAAAAACUGCUUAUUUUAGUAAACAAUAUUGUGAUAUGGAAAUGUAGUGCAAUUGUGUUGUCGUUUCUUUUUAUUUUAACAAUUAUAAUAAUCAUUCAAGCUUAUU